AUGGCGGCUUUAGCUCCCGGAAUCCUCCAAAAGCUAAUCGAAGGCAUGAAAACAGGAACCAAACCGACGAGAGAGCACCGGAGAUCUAUGUUACAGGUCACUGAUAUCGUCCCAAUCGAUCUCGACGAGAAGAAUCUAGUUCCCCAGAAAGGGUUUCUCCUCAAAGUCACCGAUUCCUCUCACUCAAUCUACGUCACACUCCCGUCGGAGCAAGACGACGUCGUGCUGAGCAACGAAAUGCAGCUGGGUCAGUUUAUCUACGUCGAUCGUCUCGAGCACGGAUCACCUGUUCCAAUCAUCAGAGGCGCAAAUCCAAUCCCUGGACGGCACCCGUUGCUCGGGACGCCGGAGCCGUUGAUGGGUUUGAAAGGAAGAGCCGAACAAGAAACCGGGUCGAAGCGGAGAAGAGGAUCCUGGGGGCAAAACGCCGACUUUGCGUCUCCGUUUGUUCUGAAACCAAUGCCGUUGGAUUUCGACCGGGCCACGCCGGCGAAGAGGACGGCUUCAGCUAGAAUCGCAGCGUCUCCGAUCAGAAGAGGAGGCGGCGUGAGUUGCUCUUACGGUGGAGGGCUUUUGGCGAAAAUGGAAGGAGAGAGUCCGGCGAUGCUGAGGAAGAGCUGUGCUGUUCCGUCUGCUUCAAAGUUUCCGAGAAGUACAAGUGUCUGUGAUAGAGAGGCAAAGAGGAUCAACACAUCAGCUUCUCUUUUUAGUCCUUUCAAAUCCUUUAUAGAGGCUCAAGAAAAUAUUGUUCCUUUGUCCACCUCGAAGAAGACGGCUUCUUUAAGACAGGAGUCUCACCCUAUUAAGCUGAUCAAACCCUUGAAAGAUACCAAUCUACCAGGAAGGCUCAACACACUAAGCAAGGAAGCAACUCAGCUUCGAGAAACAGCUCAGAAGAUUGCUCUUCAGGCAUUGCGAGAAGCUACAGCCACCGAAACUGUCGUUCGUCAUCUCAAGACGUUUGGAAAUCUGACCAAAUCAGCAAAAGCUGAUUGCCCUGCAGGUUGCUUUGAGAAAUUCAUGGAGUUUCACCACCAGAUGGCACUUACCAAAACCGAAAUCACAUCCAUUGAAGCAGCUGUUUCCGAUGCUGAAAAUCAGAAACCGAGAGAGGAAGAUGGUUCGCCGAUCCUCCAAGAAAUCUCGCAUAACUCUAUCGACCAGACGAAAAACAGAUCAAAGAGGAGGAUUGUUCUGAAGCAGCAGCAGAGUGAAGUGAAGACAACGAGAUCAAACGAUGAGAACAAGAACCCUCCUUCAAGCGGGAUAAGCAACACCUUAAGGCUAACGAAAGAGAUCGAGGACGAAGCUGCAAACUGGUUCAUGGAGUUCAUCGAAACGGCUCUGGACAAAGGCAUGAAGAAAUCAAGAGGCCCUGAUGAUGCAGACGUCAAGAAGGUUCCACAAUCACUGAUCCUCAGCGUUUUAAACUGGAUUGAAAGUGAACAGAGAGUCCAUCCAAAAGCAUCAAAGAUCACCAGAAAGCUCAGAAUCAAAUUGAAGAACCCUUAA